GGGCGGCGGCGCAGCAAUCGAUGGGCCGCAAUGGCGGCCGCCGCCGCCGCGCUAGCCGCCGCCUGGCCGUGGCGGCUGGCGCGGGCCGACUGCCCGGCCGCCGAGUGCCACGACGAGGAGGUCAGCGUGGCGCUGCCCAUCAUCGGGCUGCUGCUGGGGUGCGCCCUGUCGCUGGGCUUCUGCCACCUGGCCAUCCGGCUGUGGAUGAGGCGGCGCGAGAGCGCCUUCCUGCGCGCCGCCGCCCCGCCCGUCGCCCUGCUGCGGCCCCAGCCUCCCCGACUGUGCGACUCGGACCCCGUGCUGUCGGGCGCCAUGCCCGGCGCGCCGCCGUCGCCGCCGCGCUACUGCGACGCCUGAGCAUCCAAGGUGACACCGAGAACGCCGCCGUGCGCGCGCUGUUUCUGCGUGUGUGUGAAAAACUGGGACGAUAAUCGAUCCAGCGAUCCCGAGCGCACUGGAUAAGGACAUGAAUAACUGUCAGCCUGUUGCCACAUUUGGUACAUGUCGGAGGUUCGCUUCUCGUCAAAAGCACGUAGCUGAGGCGCUAAGGCUCCCGCGGCCGACCGGGCACGCGGCGUCCCCACCGGAGGAUCGUCUGCCGCUCGUGGUGCAAGUUGUGAAUCAUGGCUACUAUGGAAGGAGCGACUACACCCGAGGAAUCUUCGGUUCCAGGACAAUGGUACGCUAGCGAAGGAGGAAGGUACGUGCCGCUAGAGAAGAGCGGACAGAAAACUGCGAAACAGCGAGCCCGGCAGAGGCAAGCAGGCAGGAAAAUGGCGGCCAAGUCGAUCGAGCGUCAGCAUACGCGCAUUCCAGACGGCGCCGAGAAAAUUGUUCUCCGACCACGUGGCGGCUUAGUUAAGCUUACCAAAUAUGGAACAGCAUAUCUGACUGACGUCAUCAAAAUGUCGGCGGGGAUUAACUCACGCGAAUGGAAGGAGGGUAAAAUAACUCCAAAUAUGAAGCAGCACUCCGUUCUCGUCAUCACUACGAGUGCGGAGAGGAAGCUGAAGUACGCGAGCGUGAAACACCUCAUGUUCGACGGUGAACAAGUGGAGACGUUCGCCUACGUGGCCACCCCCGAGCACUGCAGAAAGGGAGUCAUCCACGGGGUUCCAGUCGGAUACUCCAUCGAAGAAAUUCUGUACCGCCUAGACCGCAAGGAUAACCCCGAGAUUCGAGGCGUCCGCAGGCUGGGCAAAGAUUCACAGUCGAUCUUUAUUCUCUUCAAGGAGAAAGAAGUGCCAAGGUGGAUUUACCUCAACGGGGCACCGCACAGAUGCCAGCUGUACCGCAAAAAAUACGAAGUGUGUGUCGCUUGUGGCCGACUCGGGCAUCGCGCUGACGUGUGCCCGGACCCGACGAACGUCAAGUGCCGCGGCUGCGGCCUCGAGAACCCGUCAAGUGACCACAGGUGUGAGCUGAAAUGCCAGCUGUGCGGCAGAGGCCACGCCCUAGGAGAUCCCAAGUGCCGAGAACUCUUCCGCACUCCCUACGAAGUUAAAAAGCGACAGUGGGAGAAGAUGAAACAAGCAACGACGACUGGUGGGGGACAUCAGAGUCGACAACGCGAACCCAAAGGGGGAAAAGAUUUCAAGUUCCGCGAGGACUCUUUCCAAAAACUGGAAGCAAAUCAGAGCAGACCAUCGCCGCCGCCCAAAGGACGCUCCCGUUCCCGUGCCAGGAGCCAGUCCAGGGGACGCUCGAGCUCAAGGGACCCUGCCAACCCAUGGAGACGAGGUAGGAGCAAGGAGCGUAAGGGUGUGAAUUUCGCAGGCAAGGUCUCCCAGGAAAGUAAUCAGAGGGAUAAACGGGACGAGGAAAUUGAGAAAAUAAAGAAAAUGGUCGAAAAAUUAACGGGGAUAGUCGAUUCGCAACGGUCCGAAAUCCAAAACUUAAAGAAAUCACAGAGGCAGGCAACCCCUCCUCAACAACAACCCAUUAGACAGAUGACCCCCCCCCCCCCCCCCCAGCGGCACGUCAACAGCCGCAAGGAGAGGAUAAAAUGGUCACAGAGGCGUCCCUCCCGCCACCAACGAAACGCAAAAUUCAAGACGCCGACCCUAUUCAGGCUAUAGAGAAAAGGGUCGAAAAUUUGGAAAGGUUAGAGGCCAAGAUGAAUGAAUUUAUGAACCAUAUCAACAUCCAAAUUCAAGCUGUCCUCGGGGCAGUUCAGAAACAGGCCGAGGAAUGCCAAAGGCUAAGGAAUGAGAUGGUCGCCAUGAACGGGUGGCAACAGAAUAUGGAGCAGAUCGUCACGCAACUGCAAAAUGGCCAGGCGCGAAAAUGAAAAUCAAAUCUGGCAGUGGAACUGUCGCGGCUUCCGGCGCAAGCGGUCGAUUCUGCAACAGUACCUUCCGCUAUUAGAUGAGACUCCUUUGGCGAUUGCCCUCCAGGAAACUGGAGGACCCGCAAAACUGGCAGGUUUUCAGGCAUUUCAUAGUGGCAGGGGGGAGAAAUCCUCCGUCACAACACUCGUGAAAAGAAAUAUCGCGGCCAUUCAACACGAUUUAGAGUCGAGAGAGAUCUAGAACGUGUUUGUCGAAAUUCUAACCGGAAAACAGAAGGACCCUAGUUUAUUCCUUCUAAAUUUAUACAGCUCACCCAGGCAAAGGAAGGUGAGGUUCAGGGCUCUACUUCACAAGGCCCUCAAAAUUUCAAGCAACCAGCCACUGUUGAUAGUGGGGGACUUUAAUGCACAUCACCAGGAAUGGGGGUACCCGCACCAAAGCCCGAAAGGCAGACAGCUGUGGGAAGAUACGCAUGACAUAGGGCUCACUCUGCACACGUACCCUGAGAGUCCAACGAGGGUGGGCAAUAGCGUUAGUAAGGAUACAUCUGCAGAUCUAACAUUCUCGAAAAACAUUAAAGAUCUAGAAUGGCAUAAUUCGGAUCAAAAUUUUGGCAGCGACCACUACAUAAUUGUUUCCAUAUUGAAAGUGGGCCUUCAAACGCGCAGGGCCCGCGCGCCGGCCGUCGUUGAAUGGGAUAAGUUUAGAGAUAUCAGGAGAGCGCAGGAACUGGGGCCCAUCAGAAACAUCGAGGAAUGGACGACGGCGCUCAAAUCGGACGUUAGAGGGACGACAAAAACGCUCGAAGGGGAUAACGCCCCGGAGAUAGCGGACAGCCGUCUUCUGCAUAUGUGGGAAGCUAAGCAAAGCCUGGAACGUCGUCUCAAAAAUCAGAAAUGGAACCACAACCUCAGAAGAAGGAUUGCUAGGCAUAAUAAGGAAAUCGAAGAUUAUACUUUUACAUUAUGCGAACAAAAUUGGGCCAACAAGUGUGACGAAAUGGAGGGGAGCAUGCACCUCUCCAAGACGUGGAACAUCCUCCGGCACUUGUUGGACCCCGCAAGCUCGAAAACUCAAUCCGGUGUAAGAUUGGCAAAAGCUAGGCACGCGUUCGUAGGGAACGAUGAUUAUUUUAUGAAGAAAUUAACUGAGACGUUCGUGGGGGAAACAUCGCGAACUCCACUAGCCGACUAUGGUGGAGCGCCUAACGAGGCGUUGGACGCCCCCAUCACAGAAGCGGAAGUGCGAGCAGAGAUUGUAAGACUCAGAACGAAGUCGGCUCCAGGCCCUGACGGUGUAACGAACAAAAUGCUCAGAAACUUAGACGAUGAUUCCAUUAGUUAUCUGACGAAGUACAUGCAGGAAUGUUGGGAAAAAGGCGAGCUCCCACAACAGUGAAAGACGGCAAGCAUUAUUUUAAUACCAAAACCCGGGAAGCCUCCGCAAUUAGAAAACUUACGGCCAAUUUCCUUAACUUCAUGCGUGGGGAAAUUGAUGAAGCACGUCGUCCAGACCAGACUGAUGGGCUUCAUGGAGCAGGGCGAUCUGUGCCCACAUGAGAUGGUCGGGUUCCGACCUCAAUUGUGUACGCAGGACGUCAUGCUCCAAAUCAAACAUGAUAUAAUAGACUCAAGGUCUAAAGAUGCAAAAGCAAUUCUGGGACUGGACCUCACGAAGGCUUUUCACAACGUAAAGCAUGAGGCGGUCCUGGAAGGGCUGAACAAGAUUAAUGUUGGUACCAGGACAUAUCGAUACAUCAGGGACUUCCUGACGGGAAGAACUGCUUGUAUGAGUUUCCAAACGCUGGCAUCCCCCACAAUUGAGCUAGGGAGUAAGGGUACGCCCCAAGGAUCAGUGCUGUCUCCCCUACUCUUCAACGUGGCUAUGAGAGAACUCCCCGAGCAAUUGGCAAAGCUCGAGGGAUUAAAAUUUAGUAUAUAUGCGGAUGAUAUCACCCUCUGGGUCAACCGGGGAAGUGAUUCAGCCGUCGAAAGCCUGCUGCAGGCCGCCACCGACAUCAUAGUUGAUUACGCGGCCGAGAGAGGCCUAGCAUGCUCACCGCAGAAAUCAGAAUUGUUUAUAUACAAUCCGAAACACUUAAGGUGCAAGGCACCGUCGGAGAUCAAAAUUAAGGUGGCGGGUAAAGAGGUACCAAAAGUCGAGCAAAUUAGAAUCUUGGGCCUGAUUCUCCAGUCACACGGCCACAACGGCGAGACCGUCAAGAGGCUGCAGAAUCACGCAUUACAGACCCUGAGCCUAAUUAGGCGGGUGGCCAGCAAAGGCCGAGGGCUAAAGGAAAAAAAUUAAUUAAGCUAAUACAGGCGUACAUAUUCAGCCGGGUGAGCUAUGCAACGCCAUAUCUCGAUUUGAAAGUGGUGGAAAGAGAAAAGAUUGAUUCUCUAAUGAGAAAAUGCGUAAAACGAGCGCUGGGACUGCCCAUGUGUACAUCAACAGAGAGACUGAUGGCUCUAGGAGUGCACAACACAUGGGCAGAACUGGCGGAAGCGGUGCGAACCUCUCAAAUUGAGAGACUUAGCACCACGAAGACAGGAAGAGCCAUAUUGGCCAAAGUUUGAAUAAAUCCGGACAGAGGCCCCACCCAAAAGGUGGAAGUAGAUAGGGAAGUUAGAAAAAGUCUGAUUAUCCCCCCUCUGCCCAAAAACAUGCACCCGGAACAUAACAAAGACAGCAGGCAUAAACGAGCCGAAGCAUUAAAAAUUAGAUUCGGUAAUAUCUCGGAGCAUGAGGUGGCCUAUGUAGACGCGGCGGGAGGUAGCGGCAGUUUUACGGUGGCAACGGCCGUCAGCGGCCGGAGUAUUCCCGUGACCGCUGUCACUCUGCGCGGGCGCAACAUAGAAGUUGCCGAGGAAAUUGCGAUCGCAUUAGCUUGCGCUGGAACGGACGCGAAAUUUGUGAUCAGUGACAGCAAAACUGCCAUACAAAAUUUUAGCAAGUGAAGGAUCUCGCCCUUAGCGGCCAGAAUCCUAGGCCAGAGAAAGCUAGACAGAAAAAUUCACAUAAUUUGGACUCCGGCGCACGAAGCCGUCCCCGGCAACGAGGCGGCCCACGAGCUAGCUCGAGAUCUCUAUCGCCGAGCCGCUACGGGGCCCCUCGAUGACCGAGGGAGCGGAGAGCGCAUGCUAAAAUAUGGGGAGAUCACGCAGCAUUAUAGAUUGGCUCGUAGACUGGUAUCCCCGCAAGACCCAAAAUUAAACAACAGACAAGCAGUCGCAUGGAGACGACUACAAACUUAUACAUAUCCGCACCCGGUUAUGGCGAACCACAUGUUCCCCGAGGCCAGGAGCGAUAAGUGUAAUCUUUGUGGGGCGAGAGGGACCCUCGACCACAUAAUAUGGGAAUGUCCGUACUCUCCCGGGGGAACGCACAAAAUAGGUAGCAGAGACACCUGGGAGACCCGGCUGCGCAGCUCGUACUCUGAGCUCCAGCUCCGGCUCGUCCAACUGGCUGAAGAGGCUGCUGGGACCCAAGACCUCCCAGCCUGCAUCUGAGGCGGCGGCACUCGCCCCCUGACCUGCGUGUCGGGGGGUGGGUAGAUCACCUUCUCCGUUGGACAUUAAAGUUUAUUCUAUCUA